GAAGAAAAAAUUAGGUAGUUAAACUUCAGCAGAUUCUUCAAGUGGUUCAGUACCCUGUACUUUCACCCCCUCGUAGAGUACCACCAGCUGGUCAACCACCGCGCGCAGAAGUGGUGUCCCAAUAAAAACUACUUCGGACAGCAACUGAUUUUAAGGCGUUGACGUUGGAUCAAAUCUACUCCACUUCCCAUAAUCUUUUAUCAGAAAUCGUACGGAUGAGAAACCAGUAUUUCAAUCUAAGUGCUGUACUGUACCUGCGUAUUUUAGGAAUAUUACGCAUCAACAUCCUAUCUUACGCAGAUAGAAUGUUCCCUAAAAGAACCCAAACACAACCAGUUAUGAUUCCGUUUUCUUUCCCUCUCAAUCUCGGUCUUAUCAAGUCAACUGGGCAAAACCCUGAAUUGACAGAUUCCUCAGCGGCAAUCACAGGUUUUGUUCAUCAUUUAUCGUUUCUUGAUUUCUGUUCAAUUUGGUUUCUAAUUCAAUCUAGGGUUACGAUUGCAUGAAACAAAUUUAAUGUGCCAAUAUAGUAAACUAGGGUUUCAUAUUCUUGAAAACAGCUGAAUAUGUGUUACUAUGUAGGAAGGAAUUUAAUUGGGUCUAAAGAUUGAAUUUUUGUAGAUUUGAUUUUUUGUAGUCUUGUAAAAUGAGUGGUGUAGAAAUACCCAAUUGGUUGAAAAAAUUGCCAUUGGCACCAGAAUUCUACCCCACUGAUACUGAAUUUGCAGACCCAAUUGCUUAUAUAUCAAAAAUUGAGAAAGAAGCAAGUGCUUUUGGGAUUUGCAAAGUCAUUCCUCCUUUGCCUAAACCCUCAAAAAAGUAUACUUAUUCAAAUUUGAAUAAGUCACUUUCUAAGUUUCCGGAUUUGGGUAGUGACUUUAAUUCUGCAUUGGCGAGUUCAUGUUCUGGGUCUAGUUCUGGGGAUAAAAAUGGGGAUGUUAAGCCUGUGUUUACCACUAGACAUCAAGAAUUGGGUUGUAGUUCAAAAAGAAGUAAAGGUUCUGUGAGGCAAUCAGCUAUUCAUAAGCAGGUUUGGCAAAGUGGGGAGGUGUAUACGUUGGAACAGUUUGAAACUAAGUCGAAGGUUUUUGCCAAGAAUCAACUGGGGACGGUCAAGGAUGUGAUUCCACUUACCGUGGAGACACUAUUUUGGAAGGCAUCUAGUGAAAAACCAAUAUAUGUGGAAUAUGCGAAUGAUGUUCCUGGGUCUGGAUUUGGGGAACCCGAUUUUCCAAAUAGGUAUUUUCAUAAACAGCGGAGUAAGAGAAAAUUUAGUCGGAACCAUCGAAGAAACUUUGGUUGCGAGAAACGAGAAAUUGAUACGGAAGGGAAUUCCAACAUUGGUAAAGAUAGUGCAAGCUAUAUGAAGAUUGAUUCUGACCCGUCAUCUGAAGCAUGUAAGCAAUCUCCUAGUUCAGUAUCUAUGUUGUCAGACGAAUGCCAAAGGCUUAGCAAAAGUAGAAGUUCAGAUGCUGGCAGCGAUAAAGAAGGUUCUGCAGGUUGGAAGCUCUCAAACUGUCCUUGGAAUUUACAAGUUAUUGCUCGCUCCCCUGGAUCACUUACCCGUUUUAUGCUGGAGGAUAUUCCUGGUGUUACGUCUCCUAUGAUUUAUAUUGGCAUGUUAUACAGUUGGUUUGCUUGGCAUGUGGAGGAUCAUGAGCUUCACAGCUUGAACUAUUUACAUACUGGAUCUCCAAAGACUUGGUACGCAGUCCCAGGGGAUCGUGCGGAUGCUUUCGAGGAAACUGUUUGCUCCCAAGGUUAUGGAGGAAAUAUUGACCGGUUAGCUGCUCUUACUCUUUUGGGUGAGAAGACAAAUUUGUUAUCACCUGAGGUAGUUGUUGCAUCAGGGCUUCCUUGUUGCAGGUUGGUACAGUAUCCCGGUGAAUUUGUUGUGACUUUUCCAAGGGCUUACCAUGUAGGAUUCAGCCAUGGAUUUAACUGUGGGGAAGCAGCCAACUUUGGAACUCCACAAUGGCUUAAGGUAGCGAAAGAAGCAGCAGUGCGCAGGGCAGCUAUGGAUUUACUUCCCAUGCUCUCUCAUCAGCAGCUACUAUACAUGCUGACAAUGUCUUUCAUAUCAAGAGUUCCCAGCGCCCUACUACUACCGGGUGCGCGGAGUUCUCGUUUGAGAGAUCGCCAGAAGGAAGAGAGAGAGCUGCUAGUAAAGAAAGCCUUCAUAGAUGAUAUGGUGAGUGAAAGCAAUCUUCUGCUGGCCUUUCUGGGGAAAGAAUCAACCUCCCAUGUUGUGACUUGGGACUCUGAGUUACUUCCAUCCACAAUUAAAGACUCUGGGUCAUCUCCUUCACCAUCCACAUUCAGCGAAUCUUGCUUAAUGGUUGACGGGGAGCGAGAUUUGGAUACCCAUAACCUUGUGGAUGAAAACAUUGUUGGUAGUUGCGACAGCCCAGUUGGGCGGACAGAGUUGUCAAUGGAAACAGGGGAGGGCUUGUAUGAAAAUGACAAUGAGUUGCCUUGUGGUUUGCAUGUAGAUCCAGGAGCAUUAGCAUGUGUGGCUUGUGGGAUCCUUGGGUUUCCAUUUAUGUCCAUCGUGCAGCCUUCUCAUUGUGCAUCAGAGAAGCUCCUCCGUCUAGCAGAUUCUCAAAUGGUCCAGGAAGGACAAGAACUCUUAAGAUAUGUGAAGCUUCCUUUCCCUAUCGAUUUGAAUCACACUAUCUAUAACUCCUCAGAUACCCAAGGUGAAGAAUAUCAGAAGGAGAUAGUGUCUUUAAAGCACAAUGAUCAUAUUCUGAUGGAUACAGCGGAUCAUGGGAGGAAUUUCAGAUCAGUGGACAUUGAUCAAGAUACCAAAGGUCCUCCUAUGCAUCCGAGAGACAAUCUUGACAAACAGUGGAGCAGAGUUAAUGGAUUUCUAAGACCACGGAUCUUUUGCUUGGAGCAUGGCCUAGAAAUUGAAGAGCUGUUGCAGUCCAAAGGUGGUGCGGAUGUGCUUAUUAUUUGCCAUUCAGCUUAUCAGAAAAUAAAAGCACAUGCUUCGGCUGUUGCUGAAGAAAUUGGUGUUUCUUUCAACUGUAAAGAGGUUCCCUUGCAAUCUGCAUCCCAAGAAGAUCUGAAGUUGAUUAAUGUUGCAAUCGACAGUGAAGAGCAUGAAGAAGGCGGGGAAGACUGGACAUCUAGAAUGGGUAUCAACCUGCAGUACCGUGUGAAGCUCAAAAAGUUGUAUCCAUCAAAGCAAGACAAUUAUGCAUUGGUCUUGCGAGGACUACCCCCAGACAAGAGUCCCAAUUUGGAUAUGUCUAGUCUCAAGUGGAACUCGAAAAAAAUUCGCACUCCUGUUAUGACAACUGGCUUGAUCCACUAUAGAUCAUGUGGGGACAUACAAAUCAAGGAAGUGAAGCAAGUGGAAAUAUCAGUGAGAAACAAGGUAAUCAUAGAUAGUGACCCUAUCCGAAGCAAGUCAGGUAAGAACCUACAAGUUAAGGAAGAUAUUUCAUUCGAUAUAUCAGAAACAGACAAGGUUACUGUAGCAACUAGCCCCAACCUAUCUGAGUUAUGUGCAAACAAGCAUUUCGAAGAAGAUAAGGCAAUGAUAUCAUCAGAAGGAUUCAGUGUUAGCGGAGAAACUAGUAUCGGUCAAUGUGACUCUUGUGACAAUUCCCUAACCAAGGAAGAAAAGCCAGUGGAAAUAUUAGAAACUGGCAGCAACAUCCAAGCAAAGAAUUCUAGAGAAUAUAAGUUGGGUGACAACACUCAAAUCGAGGAAGAUCAGUCGGUGGAAGAAUCAGAAAGAAGCAAGGCUUUCCGAGAAAAUACCAUCAUACUAUACUCCAGAAGAGCCCGCAACAAAAAAAUGGGUUUUCCAUCUCAACCAAAUAGUUGGGCUAAUGUCCGCCCAAGGGCUAGAACUGACACACCAAAAGAAUCUUCUGCAGCAAAUGAAACCCUUGAUAAUAAACGAAUCCAAUCUGAUGGUAACCUUGGUGAUACAGGAAACAGUACUGUCUAUGGUAUGGAGUUGGUUAAGUUUCCUGUGAUGGAGAACUGUAAGUUAAAGAGUAGAGACUUCACCGCUACAGAAAUUAGUGACAUAAGUGAGGCGUCUGAUCCUUCAAAAUUCACAGGCUUUCUGAUCGUUGAAGAUGUUUCUAUCCAGUUAAGUGGUGCCCAAUUAGAUGUGGCCUCUAUAACGGAAGAUAAUAGAUGUGUGUGCAAGGCUCCUGGCGAUUCAAGAUCUUCAGAUAUACAAGGCACAGCUAUCCUGACAAAUAAGAGCACCGAAACACCUUCGAAAAAUAGAAACUUGGAGGAAACUGACUUCGAGGACAAGGAUUUUAACUGUACAGUCAUGGAUCUUUCUGAAAUCCAGCAGGAGGCGAAGACUGUAGCCAUCGAGUCUAAUCAGCCCAUGGUUAUGGAUAUUCCUGAAACGCAGCAUGAAGGCAAGACUUCUGCUGACAAGUCUGUGGUUUGCAAUGAUGCUUGUUCCACAGUCGCACAAAAGGGUCCCGAGUGUGCAGCAACCAAAAAUUCUGAGAUGCAGCUAGAAGCAGAAACCUCUUCUCCUGAGCCCAUGGUUCGCCAUCAGGCUAUGACAAUGACAAAGGAAAAGGGUUCGGAGGAUGUGAUCAUGGAUAGUUUAGCAGUGCAACACGAGGACAAGAUAAAUGAGUCUAAUCAGCCUAGCUCACUGGUCAUGCUUAAUCCUGAACACUGUCACGAAGAUAAAGUUUUGACCAAGGAGUCCGCUACUUGUAAUCAGGCUAACCCAUUUCGUCUGCCCAAAAUUUCAGUGUCGGUGAAUGGAGGUUCUGAAGUGCUACAAGACAUCCAAGAUGUGGACGAAGCAGGUGUUGGUUGCAGUGCAAGGGAGGAUAUGGAUUCCGAAAGCACGCAUCCAAAAGCUGCAGAUCCUGAACCUGCUAAGAGAGAAGGAAAUAAAAGGAGUAGAGAACUUGAUCAAAUUACAAAAGAUCAAAUCAGCUUUGAUGGUUUUAUUAGGGGACCAUGUGAAGGGCUGAGACCAAGGAGUAGUAGAACAACUGCCGUCUAUCAGACUAACAGUGACAUUAGUGUACCAGAGGAGGUGGUGCUGAAAAAGUCAAGAACGCAAGUAGAUAAUGUGAUAACCCACAGUGGAAAGAAUGAGGUUGUAAAAGAGGCUUUUGCAUGUAACAUCGAAAGGUGUCGAAUGAGGUUUAAGACGAAAACCCAACUUGUUGUGCACAAGCAGAACCAAUGUACACACAAGGGGUGUGGUAAGCGAUUCAGCUCCCACAAGAAUGUGAUUCUUCAUCAACGCGUUCACGCUGAGGAGAGACCGCUGAAAUGUUCAUGGGAAGGUUGCAAUAUGUCGUUCAAAUGGGCGUGGGCUAGAACAGAACACUUGCGGCUGCAUACAGGUGAACGGCCUUAUGAGUGCAAGGUUUCAGGGUGUGGUCUGACAUUCAGAUUCGUGUCAGAUUAUAGCCGGCAUAGGCGGAAAACUGGGCAUUAUGUCAACAGUCCUCCGUAAUGCUGGAUUCUAGAUUUGCGGGAAACAGGAUAGAAUGAGGGCAUGUGCUGCUAAUCUUUUGGAUGUGUUGAAAGAUAUGCUAUCUCGAUGAGCAGCAGAACAACCCGAAAACUAGAGUGUAAUAUGGUGGAAGCUUGUUGUACCUGAUGGGGAUAAACAGCCAAGGGGUUGGGUUGAAUAUCUCCGGCAGCUUUCCACAUCUUUUCAGAAAUGUUGUCCACUAGAUGAAAGGUGAGGAGCGGUUUUGUCAUCUCUUCUAGUCUCCUGUAAACAAUCUAGGGCGUGUCAUCUGUACACUGUAAUCUAGUAGUGUAAUUCUUAGUAUUCUUUAUUUUAGGUUGAAUGUCGUGUAGGCCCUCUGCUGGGUACUUUGUGAAAUUGCUCCUUUUUUUUCUUUUUGGCAGUUGAUGGGGCACAAGUGGUUUAUUCAAAAGGAAUGCUACUAAUUGACCUCUAAUAAUAAGAUCGAUCAAAGAAAGAAAUUCACAA